GAUUUUACACAGAGGUCAGUACUUAGACAAGUGCCAAGAUCAACAGCAUCACUGACAUCAAACAUAGAAUCUUUACAGGGGUGAGAAAAAACUCUCUUUUUAUAUUAUAUGUCUAUUAAAAUAAACUGGCAUUUUAUUAAUUCCUGUCUGCAAACAUUAUUAACCAUAUAAUUUGCAUAAUUUUUGGCACCAAAGAAAGACUUGCAGCUGUAGUAACAUAAAUGCUAACUGUAAUACUUGUAAGCGACAGCAAGUUUUUUUUAUAAUAUUAGUUAUCUUUGUUGUAGGCCCAACAUGGUGAUCCAUGUUUGCGAUGAAAGCAAGAACUGUGAGUAAUGUUGUUGUUGUUACUCUGUUUUUCCUGUUUGAGUUGUUAUCAAAAUGAAACUUUAAAGUUGAUUUUAAGGGUCCAUGAUGUAGAUUUUGUGCAUUGAAGUGAAAUUUCUCUACACUGUUACUGUAUAAGAGCUUGUUAGUCCAGUACAGUAGCCUAUAAGUAUAAUGCAUUUGAUGUAUCGGUAAGAACUCAGGCUGCAUAUGUGCAAUAAGUGUAAAUGUGAGAGAAUGUAAUAACCGCCAAUGCACUCUUUUUAUUAACUUCUAUUAGUGAAACAAGACUUCACCUGUCCAAGGGAUCUGCUGAUUAGUGAGAUGAGAUAUUUUGCUGAAUAUCUGUCAGUUGAGGCACAGAGGUGGGAGGAAGUGGACAUAUCUGUUCACUGUGAUGUGCAAAUAUUUGACUGGUUGAUGAAAUAUGUCAAACGACGAAUACCUGAUAAGAACAAGAAUGGGGUCGAGGAAAAGAAACCUAAACUUGGUGAGCUUUGUGAUUGUGAAAUUGCUUUGAAUUCUAUUUUGCUACUUUAUUUUAAAGGCUAAUUCAGUUGUUAUUUUUAUUUACAUCCAACAGAACCAAACAAUGUCAUAUCCAUCUUAAUAUCAUCAGAUUUCCUAAAGAUGGAUGCAUUGGUGAGUGUCAUUAAAAAUUUUGUUUAGAAUACCUUCAGAAAUUUCAUGACACCAGAGAUGUUGAUCAAGAAUAACAUGGCCAGUGUUCCUCAUCUAUUGGGAAAGCCCCGAUGCUCUGACAACUCAACUUGCUUAAUACGGACACCUGUUAAUGCGAACAACAGACAAUUGUUUCUUGCUCAAUCAACAGAUUCUCAUAGAAAGACAACCUCGCUAAUGCGGACACUUCAUUAUCAUCUGUGUGCUUUAAUAAGCCUUUCCUUUUUGAAGGUAAAAAACCUUCAGUUGACUGCAUUUCGAUGUUCCCAGCACUACAGUUCACUGGUUCAGACUAUUUUGGCAUCAAACAAGUUAUGCAGAGAACGGUUUUCCAUAAGUAAUGUACAAAUGGGCAACUUUUGAGAGUGUCCAUGGAAUAAUGGCUUUCUGAAGGUUAAAGAUGUUUAACUUUAUGAUGCUUGUGUUCUGUUCUAUCUGUUUAGUAUUUUUUGUUCAAAUAAAUGACGUAUUUUUGACUUCAGGUUUGACAGAAUUUAGGAUUUUGGCCAGGGAACACCUUGUGAAGCAUGAAUUGUAUUAGCACACUAUUCUGGACGUACUGACUCGAAAUCAUGAACAUAUAUUCAUGUAUAGCAAAAAUUCUUAAUGUAAUAACUUACUUUAAAAAGUUUCAGUUAUGAUACAUGUAAAUGUUUACUUCAAGGGCAGAGAAAGAAAUUUAAACAUAGGUAAUAAUACAAAAUAUUUUGGAAUACUUCUCUAUAUAGUCUGUAAGUAAUAGAAAUAACAGUUCCUUAUGUGUAUUUAAUUAUUAUUGCAUCUGUGUGCUUGUAGGUAACGGAGUGCAUCCACUUUUGUCAUGCAAACAUGUCAGCCAUUGUGGCAACACCCUGUAACAUGAAUUGCAUCAACGAUAAGUUAGUUACAAGGUAUGUGCUAUUUGUUAUCACUUUUUCAAAUCAGGAAGAGAACAUUACAGUUUCUUCCUUUUAAGACAAAUUUUCCUGGUGAUAGAGUAACAUGGUGGAGAACAUAGGCUACGGUUGCUAUAACCACAAUUUGUUCAGAUGCUUUUAUAUUUUUGACGUUGCUUCUUCAUAAUAUUAGAUAUUUGUCUUUCUCUUUGUUUUCAGAAUAGCAAAGCUUUUUAAUCAUAAUGAAUUGGAAGCCGUCAAAGAUCGCAAGGACAAGUUUAAGAGGUGAGUUCAUGUCACUAGAUCUUACAAAGAUGAAGAUAAUACAAUUUUAAAUUGUUCACUUAUUUAACUUGAACCUCUUCUCUAUCCAUAAUUCUCGUAGUAUCUGCUACUUCAGGAAAAUGACUCUGUGUUUAUUUUUCUUCAGCAAAUUAUUUUGUAAAAAAAUAGAAGAGUUGUUUGAUCCAAGAUUUUCGUCAACUUCCUCAUCAAAUGCAAGCACAAUGUUCAGGUACGAGUAAGAUUUUCAGGUGCUUGAAAAAUAUCGAAGCAUUUUUUGGGGGUAAUUCUGAAUAACAUUGUAGUCUGGUUUUCACUAAUAUUUUGUCUUAUUUUCGUGUGCUUAUUAACUUUUGUUACUUUUAAAAAGGUGCAUCGCUUGUGGAAAACUAUUGACUGCCGAUUCACAGAGUAAGCUGCGAUGUGUUGCCAACAGAAUGAUGGUGAAUCACAGAGGAAAAGUUACUUACGUUCAUUCACGGUUAGUGCGGAUCGAGGCCUCUUCAUUUCCUUUUUAAUUUGUAAAAGUUUCAACUUUGAUUCAGAGAGCUCGCGUAGGAGUAACGACAGAUUUGAAAAGAACUGAAUGGAAAAUUAUUCGGAUUAUUAUACGUUUCUGGGAAACUGCCCACCUACCUCUCGCGUAAACCAACAUUUUGCCCUCAGUGAGGAGUAAGUGUUAAUGUUGGCUUAGGGGAGGGGUGGGUGAGCAUUUCCCCGCAACGUAUGAGUUAAAAAGGAAAGAGUUAAAUCUUCGAGAAUUUGAAGACGAUAUCAUGAUUUUGAAUCAUAAUUUUCAACUUACAAAACCACCUAAAAACUCAAAAUAACUUUUAGUAUUAGUUUAGUUAAAAAGAAUAGCACCAAAGUGUCAAUUGUAAACUACAAGAAUUACGGAUGGUUUGGGUUGGGGAGAUAAACAUUGAUUACCAGUGACAAAUUUUUUUUUUUUCAAGAGGCGUUAACCGUUAUGUACCCUGGGUGCCAGCAAAGACUUCAGUAACCGUUUCUGCCUGACCUCCCGCGAAAAACAAAAACCUUUCGUUCCAAGGGUAACCGUAAUGUAGAUAAUUAACUUAAUACGAUCUCUUUCGAUCACAUUUGAAAUACUGAAAAUCUUUAAGUUCAAAGUUAUCGUAAAAUUUGAUUUUGUUGUGUGUGCUGUGCGGAGAAAAUAAACAUUAAGAGGGUCGUGUUGGAGCUCUACUGCAUAGAAAAAUAAUCUGAUUAGGUGUUUAAUGAGCUGAUCGUACGCAUACGAGUAUAAUUUUAUGGUAUGUUCAUACGAUACAGGAUAGGUUUUCGUGCCGAAACGAAAAACUACCCAGUAUAAUAUGACGAAUUUGAUACAUGUAACAGUGAAUUAAACGCAUUCGCCUGAAUUUCAUCCGUCUCCUCGGCUCGCCUAGUGACUUAGCGAGCUCAAAAAAAAUUGUGUUUAUUUCCAGGGAUCACACUUGGGAUGUGAAUGAGUACCUUGCUGGUUUGCGAGAAGACGUUAAGUCGUGGAAAGAAGUUUACUGGAGGUGAGAGAAUUUUUCGAUCCUGCAAAUCUCAGUCGCGUAAACCCCGAGUUAAAAAAAUGGCCUUUAUUUAGGUCUUUGCCUAGAACCAAGUAAAGAACGUUUGACUCAUAAUUUUACAGCGAGAGUGUAUGGAGUGUCCCAACAUUGAUAACCGUAAAACCAAAUCGACCGAAGAAAGAAUAGUCUAGAAGGCCAGCAGGCAGAUUUGUUGAAUUUUUCUAUUAUAAUUCCUACUUUAUUGCUUUGAAUUGAUUUCUCAUUUUGAAGAUUGUGGGGUGCGAUAAACAUUCUGUACUGCCAUCGUUGCGGUAACUUCUUCCAGUGCAGUGAGCUAGGCCACUGCAGUUAUCAUCCGAUGACUGUAGACUUCGGUAAUAUGGAGUGUAUGUCGACGAAGAUAGUUGGAGUGUAUCCCUGCUGUCAACAGCGAGUCCUGCAUUUUGAUCCAUCUUUGGAGACUUCCGUAAGUUAA